AUGGUUGAAGUAACAAUGAUAUGCAUAUUGUUUUUCAUCGCAGAUCCCUAUUGUUUAUGGAAAACAUAAUUCACUGAAUAAACAUUUUCAACUUUCCCUUCAAAUUGGUAAAUCAUUGGGGCACACAGGUACAACUAUUGUUGGGGGAUAUGGAAUUGUUGGAUCAGGAAGCUAAAUACAUGGAUCAUACUCUAACCUCCCAAAUCACAGCGCACUCAAAGUGAGAAUAAAAGUGUACAGAGGAUGCUUGGAUUAAUGUGGCUGGAUUUGUUACACAGAGAACUUGGUAUUUAGAUUGGGGAUGGAGUGAUAUGUGUGGAGCCGGUUUUCGUGAUGGAUAUUUUUGGGAAACCUUAUAAGGAAGUCAUACUGCAGAUACUUUUUCUAUAAAUCUAUCAAAUGGUUUGGAUGAUGACGCAUACAAUGGUAAAUGAGACAUCAAAUUUUAGAAUCAUUAGGUUUAAAGGAUGUUGAAAUAUAUCUAAAACCAACAUAAUGUGUAUCAUUUUUUAGCGAAUGUAAUUAUACUGGAACCAUGAAAGAACUUUGUCUAGGAUCUCCAAAUUUGGAUAGAAGAAAUAUACCUUAAAAAAUAAAAUCAAUAAGAGUUGAUGGUUGUGGGAAAAUUAAACUAACAAAAAAAGGAUCUGGUUCUAUAACAAUAACUGAAAAUACUCCAUGUUUAACAGAAUUUGAUGUAAAUAAGCAAAUAAAAAAUUAAGUUCCCUCCAGUAGAAAAUUUAAAUAGGUGA